AUGUUCCAUAGCUACGCGCAGGGCCUCGUCGACUUGCCUCAAAAGUCCGCAAGUAGCGAUGGGGCGCAGCUACCCCGCGGCGAAUGCGGCUUCAUCGCGCCGGAGCCCGAGGCAGGCCAUGGCUCUCGUCAGCGCUGUGCCUGCCGCAGUUUCUACCCAGAUCCGGUAGUGCGUUCUCGUUGCGGGUGCGGGCACCAGGCAUGGCAUCAUGAAGCACAACCAGUGUCCACAGUCUCAGUGGAAGAAUACAUUCGGGUCGUAGAGCAGAUGAAGCAACUGAAGCAUGAGGUCAGGCGAUACGAGAGCCUGGAGCAAGAGCUGAAGCAGGAGCUACUCAGGGAGAGGAUGGCUCGAGAAGAGCAUUUUCGAACAUACAAAGCACUGGAGGCACGCAUGUACGGCAACAUGCAGCUGUUGAAAAUAUCUAUGGACGAUAGAGUCGAGGCUGUCGUCGACAGGACGACAGAGUUCAGCAAUCAGAUCAAGGCGGUACAGGAGCGCCUGACGAUGGUGGAUGAGGUCACCAUGGAGCUCGAGAACCGGAUCGACCGGGUCGAACACAGCAGUGGGCCAUCGAGGAACGUGACACCCGUUGCCUCACCACCCAGAGCACGCCUAUCAACGCCCCGCGCACCACCUACUCCACAGCUCCCACUCCUGAUGCAACCACCAAGCACACUUGGUCAGCUUCCAAUCCGCACCGACAAGAAGUACCCCCUCUCGUGGAACGUUCGCAUCAUCUUCGUGCCACAGAAAUCGCAGAGAUAUGCCUUCAACCCAGAUUCUACCGGUUACAAACGAUGUGCGUCCCGCAAGCUACACCAGAACCUCGAUUUCCCAGAUCAGGACAGCGCCUGCUUUUCCCACCGUAUCGAGGCCAUGUUCAAAGAUGUCAUUCGUGGCAGACCAUGGAUGCCGAUGACCGGCCAUCGUCCAACUGACGAGCCCUUUGGUCGUAUGACUCUCACGCUUCUUCCGCCAGACUUGAUUCACCGCGAUUUGUGGAACUACCCCUUUCUUGAGGAUCACUGCAUUGCACAUGACAAAAUGCAAGGAGACAUUCUCUAUAUUGCCCUGCAAUACGAGGAUGUGACCUGGCAUGAAAUCCGGCUUCUGCCUCCUGCGAAUGGCUUCGACGAAUCCUGUUGGAACCCCGAUGAUGAGCUGGACGGCAUGGCCAAAUAUAAGAGCUUGGAUUCGGAGAUCAUGGCGCUCUCAAAACUAGAUGUCCUCGCCGAUUCAGCCGCCAUGCUAAGCCCAAUCGAACGUGCACAAACGCAAUCAUCAAACCGCUCUAUGAUGCGGACCCCAAUCGACCGCAUACUCGAGCGCGUACCGACGCAGUCAUCGUCUCAUUCCAGCAGUUCUCGAUUCUCACUGGAAAGGAGUAGCUUGCGGAGCUUCGAGACAGACAUUACAGACGAUGAGCACCGCGACAAAAAACCGAAGCUCAGAGCCAAGCAAAGUAUGCCCAGUGUCAAUGCCAGUGGUCAUGCACAGCAGCCCAUGUAUGUCUCAGGGCGCUCGAAGCGAAAGAUGCCUAUGAGGGAGAAGGGGCCUAAGGAGCCGCUGCACUUCAAUGUCACGAAUGUGACCAAAUGGCGCCCCACUGUCAAUCUCUUACAUCCCCAUUCAUCUAAAGGCAAGGAGGUAGCGCACAAUCAGUGAAGGGUGUUUUUAGCUUUCGCACGUUAUGUCUACUUUUUAGGCUUCUAAUCUGCAAUUCAGUUUGGCGUUCUAGAGGAAAAGCCUCGCACGGAUACCCCAUGGCGUUUUGUCGGCGACUGCGUGCUGCACUUGGAGCGCACUACGUGUUGUUUUUUGUUUUUUGUUUUUUGGGUCCUUGGAUUUUAUUCGUGUGAGCCUCCAUGGCUAGAACAACGAGUGAGAUUCUUACAGGAGGCAAUAUUUUACUUACAUAGACAGCCUUAAAGAUAUCGAUUUCUCUUGUAGGUCGCGAGCGCGACAUGUAGCAGAAUGGCAAUAACAAUACAUAACAUUGAC